UUCGUUCUGCUUGCUAAUAACGAACAAACCAAGAGUACUUCGCUCCCCGUGCAAGCACAUAACGGACUUUCUCCCAGCGUGUGGCAAGAACAAACUGUUUUAUUAAGAGAACAUAACGUAUAAUUUGAAAGCUUGUUGAAGCGUCUGACCUCAAGUUUAAACCUUAUUUCGCGCUGUGCCUUCUGGACUGAAUAGUACCACAACUCAGAUCACCGGUACGAAUACUUUAGCAGGCCAUGCCUACAGCAGAUCAAGUCACUCUCGACGAAAAGGCCUCCUUCUGUGCAGGUUGUGGCACAAGGAUUAUCGAGCGUUUUUAUUUGAUGGCGGUCGAUCGAGAAUGGCAUGUUGAGUGUUUGAAAUGCAGCGAAUGUAGCUUAAGGCUGGACAACGAACUUACGUGUUUUACCAGGGACGGAGCCAUAUUGUGUCGUGAAGAUUACUACAAUCGCUUCUCAGUCAAAAGAUGCGCUGCUUGUAGCCAAGGUAUCUCAAGUAAAGAGCUAGUGAUGCGCGCCCGCGAACAUGUCUACCACAUCAGCUGUUUCGCCUGCGAUCGCUGCAAACGAAUCUUGGCCACUGGUGAAUACUUUGGUAUGCGUGGAAUGCAAAUAUUCUGCAAAGCAGACUACGAAAUAAUCCUCCGAGAGGAGGCGCAGGCUUUAAAAACGACCUUAGGCUCUUCGACAACGAAAGGAAGACCAAGAAAAAAGAAAAUGUCCGUACCUCUUGAGGGCGUAGCGGCUUUAUCAGGAUUUACAAUCUCGGACAAUGAAAAUCAUCUUGGUCAGCACAAUGGAGACACAAAACCUAAACGCAUGCGCACGUCGUUCAAGCACCAUCAACUUCGAGCAAUGAAAGCGUACUUCGCAAUGAAUCACAAUCCCGAUGCUAAAGACUUGAAACAACUCUCUCAAAAAACCGGCCUCUCUAAACGGGUUUUACAAGUUUGGUUUCAAAACGCUCGAGCGAAGUACCGCCGAACCGUGUGCAAUCCGCAGGCUCAAGAUUUGUCACCAGAAUCUCAGGACCAAGCUUCGCCAGUAAGCGCGAUUUUAGAGGCAGGAAUAAUUUGACUUUAUAAACAUAAACAAGAAUAUAUUCGAUAAAAGGGCCAAGGAGGAGUGUUGUAAAUAAAUGCCUUGAGUACGACAGCAAGUCAGAGAAGGGUCAAUUAGCUUCAUGCUGAAAUGCUGGAUUCUCAGUUCAAUAUUAAAAUGAAGGUUUCACGUGAACCCAUUUUGUGUGCUCUUGUGAUCCGAAAGUAUAUACCACAAACAGCG